AUGGCUCUCGAAUCAGGAUAUAUAAUUAUUUGGCUUGAUGCUCAUAUUGGCUCAAAAGAUAACUGUCGGCAAAUGAAGACAGAGUUCAAGGUUGGUCUUGAAGAAAUAGCAGCUGUUCCACAGAUGCCACAUGAUCCAAUUGAUGAUCUUAUUUGCGCCAUAUGCGAACACAGUGCUCCAAUAUUGUUUACUGAUUCACAAGAAGAAGCAUUAAAACUCAUUGAAAACAAUAUGAGUUCCAGGAAAGUUAUAUUCAUCUCGUCAGCAACGUUGGGCAGACAAAUCGUCCCUCAAAUUAUUGAAAAAGAAUUACAACUUGAAUCAUAUUAUGUUUUCUGUGGAAAUAUGGAAGCUCAUCGUGAUUGGGGUAUCGAAUGUAUUAAUGAUGGCUUGAAUAUUCAAAUGUUCGAUCAUGAAACAACUCUGUUGAUAAGACUCUGCCGAGAUAUGAGCAACAUAUUAAAAGAAGAUGGAAAAGUUCUGUUAAAUGCAAACAAGCCUGAACCUGCUUUGAAAUACUUUGAGUUUGCUUUGGCACUUGCAGACACGGCCGGCAAGUAUGAUACUCUUACAGGUCCUAAUGAUACGCAUCGUCCAUCUACCGAAUAUCGACCCAUAUUACUUUCUCUAAUAGAGAAAGCUAGGCGAGCGAUGAAAUAA